UAAAUAUUUAUGAUCGAGAGCCUCAAAGCUUCAGUCACAGAAUUAUCUCUGUCACUGUCUCUUUGUCUUAAAACCUUUGUUUUGCUUGUGAUUCAAGAAAGCAGGUAAUUAGCUAUGGCCCUCACUAGAAGCACAGUGGUAUUGGCUCUUCUCUGCUUCAUCCUUAUACAAGAGUUGGGGAUCUAUGGUGGAGAUUCGCACAGGGUUGCUUCCAAUAAGAUAGAUUGUGUUGGAAAGUGCAAUUACAGGUGCAGCAAGGCUGGGAGGAACGUAAUGUGCCUAAGGGCAUGCAAUGCUUGCUGCCAGAGGUGCAACUGCGUGCCACCAGGCACUUCUGGUAACCGAGAUUUGUGUCCUUGCUAUGCUAGACUCACCACACAUGGAGGACAUCUCAAGUGCCCAUGAACAACAUAAUUUAUGUAGCUGAUGAGUGUAUGAGGCUAUAGCAAACUAGUAUUAAAUAUUCAAAAUAUUCAUCAGUUA